AUGCCAUUGCUUAGUGAAAAACAGAAAACCAUCCGGUAUCUUCGAGAGAACAAUUCUGGCACCAGGCUAAAGGUCAGUCCCACCCCAGGGUGCAUCCGGGCGUUAAUGAAGAUGUUGUACUGCCCUUACUGCAGAGGACUUCCCACUGUGAAACCUUGCAACAACUAUUGCCUCAAUGUAAUGAAGGGCUGCCUGGCAAAUCAGGCUGAUUUGGAUACUGAGUGGAAUCUGUUCAUAGAUGCUAUGCUUCUGGUAGCGGAGAGAUUAGAGGGACCAUUCAACAUUGAAUCAGUCAUGGAUCCUAUUGAUGUCAAGAUUUCUGAAGCCAUCAUGAACAUGCAAGAAAACAGCAUGCAGGUGUCAGCAAAGGUUUUCCAAGGAUGUGGCCAACCUAAACCAGCACCUGCCCUGAGAUCUUCCCGUUCUGUCCCUGAAAACUUCAACACCAGGUUUAGGCCAUAUAACCCAGAGGAGCGACCUACAACUGCUGCUGGUACAAGUUUGGAUAGGCUGAGGACUAUCUGGAGGACAAUGCAACAUGGUGUAACAGACAUUAAAGAAAAGCUAAAGCUCUCUAAAAAGUUCUGGUCCACAUUGCCCUACACAAUCUGCAAGGACGAGCGAGUGACAGCCGGUCCGUCAGUCGAGGAGGACUGCUGGAAUGGCCACACCAAGGCGAGAUACUUGCCUGAGAUUAUGAACGAUGGCUUGACCAACCAGAUCAACAAUCCAGAAGUAGACGUGGACAUCACAAGGCCAGACACCUUUAUUCGACAGCAAAUCAUGGCCUUACGUGUCAUGACUAACAAACUGAAGAAUGCGUACAAUGGGAAUGAUGUCAACUUCCAGGAUACAAGUGACGAAACCAGCGGCUCAGGCAGUGGAAGUGGCUGCACAGACGACAUCUGUCCCACCGAGUUUGAUUUUGUCACCACUGAAGCACCGCCUGUCGACUCGGACAGGAGGGAGGUGGAGGCUUCAGCCACACAGCCUGGCUGGUCACUGCAGACAUUGCUCAUCAUCUUCCUCAGCCUUGUACUGCAGAGACGGUGGAGAUAAUCCUGGAUCUAGUCAGAGAAACUGUGUUUUAGCUACAGAAACAGCCAACUUUCUUCUUUUCUUAUACUCUUGGACAAUGGACCAUGCCACAAACACUUGCAGUUUUCUACGAGACAGCAGUAUUGCAACCUGCUUCCCAUUUUAGUUUUCCCAAAGAGUACCAGGUGCCAGACUGAACUGCUUCCUGCUUUUUCAGAUAUCUCUGAAGACAAUAUCCAAUCUUGAGAGAAUUCUUUCUCAAUCCUUUAUUACAGGAAACUUUCUGAGCUUCAUUUCCUUUUAUGCUGCAAAAGGGAAAAAGGAUCUUACAGUAAGUGUUUUUCCCCAGUGAGAAAAAAGACAGGGGAAGAAACCAAGAAAGUUUUCUUUCUGAAUCAAGCCUGACUCAAGGCUGCUGCAUUUCAACAGAAUAUCAACAAAACAAAACAAAACAAAAAAAAAAGGACAAGAAAGGAACAAAAAAAAAUUGCAACCGUUCUUCACUGACAGCCAGGUUUCCUUUAGAAACUUCUGUAGGAUGAUUCAGGUCAUCAGAAUGAUCACUGUUGUAGGGAGGAAGGCUGGAUUUUUUUUCCCCAACACUAAAAACAUAUGUCUCAGCAGUGAAUGUCUUGCACUCCAUCUGACAACCACAUCAGAUUGGUAUGAAGGUAGAGAAGCUGAAAAAUAAGUUUAUCUUUUAGUAUGGUAGUAGCUCCACUAGCUUCAGAAUGUCAUGUUACAGUUGCUUAGGAUUUGAAUCUUAAUGCCCAUUAAAUAUGAGUAGUAGCACGAUUUCACCUAGUUUCUUUUAGGAUUUAUCCAUGUUCUAGAACUGUCACAGUUUUCCAGUUAGCUCACCACUGUGAGCUCACCAGCCAUGAUGGCAAUGUUAAACAACACUCUUGACCCCUCAUGGGUUGAGACAGAAAAUAAUCUCUUGUGAUGUAAUCUUUUUUCUUUUGUUACUGUUCUGACAUCGAUUAGAACUUUUUGUUCUAUGUCCAUUACCCUACCAAGACAGCAAUUCUCUAAUAGACUAACAGCAACCAGAUCAAUAGUGUUUCACACCUAACUACAUCUUUCAUAUCAGUUAAUUUCAGUGUCACAAGGAUUUCUUCUGCAAAAUUUCAGAUCAAACAGAUAUAUAGUACUGACAUGGAGAUUUCUUUCACUUUUUUAGUCUUAGUAUGAUCAUCUAUUUUUAUAUAUAUAAAUAUAUAUAAAUCACAGAUUUUAACUUCUUAAUUACAAGCUCAGGGUUGACACUUCUUUAUAAGAAAAAAAAUGUUUGGUCAACCAGCUCUUCUUUUUUUUGCUGCUCUGAAAAGUAACCCGUUAAUGACUGGUGAGCAUGAAAAUCAAAGAAGAGAAUUUUUUACAUAUCCAGCUGUCCAUUUCCUAACAAGUUUGCAGGUUGGUGGAGAAAACCUCUCUCAUAUGUGUGUAUUUGGUGGAGGUGGGGGCGGGGGGGCAUGUGAGUUUGUAUGAUAGGCCUAGAAGAGGACAUGGAUGUUAAUUGUGGUGGUAAUUGUACUUCAGAUUCUUCAAGGAUACAUUGCUUUAAUAAUCAUUGUCUAAAUCUUUAUGGUCUGGAAUAGAGUUUCCCUAAUUUACAUCUGGUUGUAAAACCCAAGAUGGAAGCUGUUUAAAUCCUGGACAAAUGUGUGUCAACAAUUAGACAUCAAAAUCUUCCUUCUUCUAGCAACCACAGAUAAAGAAUUUUUGGGGCAAUUCUGUGUGGUGUUGAACUGAUUUGCCAUAAAUUUAUUUCCUGAUUCUUACACUGACUAUGGAAAUGGUAUACACAAAUUGUGGUAACACUGUAAAGCCAGCCAACCACAUUUCAAUUUAACAGCCGAGCAGGUAGAUCGUAUCCAUUGCAAUCGCUUUUUCUUGACAAAUUAUAAUUAGCUAUCGAUUUAGGCAUGACAUUAAAAUAGAAAACACACAGCACGUUAGAAUAAAGUAUACUUAAGCACUUUUACCAAAAAGUAUUUACAAACUAUUUAUAUAGUAUGUCUAAUAACAAAAAGCAUAAGUUUUGAGCCACUUGUAUUCAAUUCCUUUUCUUCCCCAUUUGUUUACUUUGAAAUAUAAUUAUAGAUACCAUCAUGGAAUCAUAGAAUCACGGAAUGGUCUGGGUUGGAAGGGACCUUAAAGAUCAUCUAGUUCCAUCCCCCCUGCCUGGGCAAGGACGCCAUUCCCUAGAUAAAGUUACUCAGGGCCCCAUUCAGCCUGGCCCUGACAGGUGGUCUGUUCUGGGCCCAGAUUAGUAAGUCACUGCCUAAGUGUACAGAUCACUUGGGCCCUACAUGGCCAUAGCAAUGCUUCCUGCUUUUCCAAAGGUUCCCCCUGGAGCAGGUCUUGAUUGAGCAUUUACUGUCUGCAGCAAGUUUAAGCCAGUUCUCACAGGCUUUUUCUUUUGCCCUGGUGCAGCAGAUAUCAAGCAGAAGGUCUUUACAUUCAGUUUUUUUUCCUGAACUUGCACAUGCAGCUUUCUACAAGGAGAACCUUUAAAAAUCUCCCCUGGUCCAUCUCUUUUGACCCAUCUCCACAUCCUCUCUACAUCCUCAGCAACUUUGUUUCAGGAGAACUUAAGUUUGAUUUUGAUUUCUCUGGUUGUGUGUUUCUUUGGUAACUGAUUCUAUUUCCAUCUGAUUAUCCUGGAUCUGAAAGCUUAUUGACAGGCAGAAAUGUCCAAGCCCUCUGAUGCAAGUCCUCUGUUGUACUUGCUCCACACUGCUAGUGAAGGUGGUGACGGACUCACCAGUUUUUUUGUGUUAGCCUUGGCCCACAUGUAGGUGAUCUGAUGACUGUUUUCAGCUAGUGCAGCCAAGGUGUGUGUCCAGGGUGCUCUCAUCUAUUUGCAGACCUCCAUGGACUUUUGGACAAGGAAUAAGAGGGAUCCCUAAGAACUAGGGGUUCACUGAAGGUGCUCGUCACUGGAGGAGCUUGCUCUGCUCUUCUUGAACUGGAUCUUAUAAACUGCUGCUCAAACAACACACCAGCUUAAUCUUUGCCAAAAUGUGAUUCCUGAGGGAGUUCUGCCAGAAAUUUAUGUCUUCCACAUUAUCAUUUCUCCUCUUAUUUUCCUACUAUGCAUGGUGAUAUUUUGUCAGGAGACAGAGAUGCCUUUGUGUGAAGUAUUGUGUAUACAUUUCUUUAAUAGUCCCUAAAGGUUGAAUACACUCUUCAUACAUUGCAUUUUUCUGAGAUUAAGAGAGCUAUUAAAUCUACAGAGAAAAUGAAAUUGGGAAUGAGGGAGAGAAAAGAAAAAGCAUUCAUGUUAAUAAAUGUGAGAAUCUACAUAAUUUCCAGUGAUUCUAUUUGCACAUCCUUUACAUCCAAUAGCUCUUCUUCUAAGGUAAUUUUUGGGUGUGACACAGUUUAAAUAUUUCUCUUCUGUUAGCAGCAGAUAAAGUAAGAAAUUAUAAAGAAGACAAUUACAUGUUCAAGAAAAAGGGUCUAAAUCCUAAGGAAAAGUCUUUUGAUUGUGUAAACCCUCUAUGCUGUGCAAUCUGGAAGCUCUUCACAUGUAAUUUCUUUUAAAAUGGAGGCUAAUAAAAAAUUAGAUGCAAUUAAUUACAUAAUCAUUGCUGUAGACCCCUGUGAGGUUUUUGCUUUUCAAUAUUAACUGAUUUCAAUAUUGCUUUUGCAUCAUCCCCAAAUUUUUCAUGUUCAUUGUACUGCAGAUUUUUCUACUGAUGGCUCAGUACAUAGUACUGUAAAUGCAGUGCAGACUACCUGGACUCUGGCCAAAGUUAGGCAUUUCAAAAAAAAAGACAAUCAAAAAAAGCUGAAAAAAGAGGAUAGAGAUUUUCUGGAAAAGAGGAAGAGGAAAGGAAACUGUUCCUUGGCAUUCUGGUAAGAGUUGAUCAAUCCCAGCUCCCUAAGAGGCAUCAUAGACUUCUGUCCUUGGAAAGCUCUGAAAAUCUGAGUCUCAGAUGCACAAAUCAUCCCAGUUCUGUGGGAUUUUUAGGAAGAAUGAUUCCCACAGAUGUGUGAACCAGUUUGAGCUGCUUCCAUGCAAAAUGGCUUUACUGUGCAUGUGACUGAGCACUGGCACAGAUUGCUCAGAGAGACUGUGGAGUCUCCCUCACUGGAGAUAUUCAAGAGCCAUCUGAGCACAAUCCUGUUCCGUGUGCUCUAGGAUGACCCUGCUUGAGAAGGGAGGCUGGACCAGAUGACCCACUGUGGUCCCUUCCAACCUGACCCAUUCUGUGAUUCUGUGAUUCUAUGAGCUGGAGUUGUUCUUGGGAGGUGGACUCUGUGUGCAGUGUCUCAGCAGGCAGCAGCUGCCUUCAGUUUACUAACUGACUCUGAAUCAUUAUCAAAUGUAACUAUACUUAUUCACUGAAACUUUUAUUACUUCAACAUAAAAAAUAAAUUACAGCACUGAUGCAAGUUGUGUUUUUUGUUUUUAAUUUGCUUCUAAAGAUAACCCAUUAAAACAGAAUACAGAAAAUUUUAGAAUGAUUAUGCAGGUUUCUAUAGAUUUCAUUAUGGAUAUUAAGAAGAAAUCCACAUUUCAAAGACCACAAAACUAUGUUUACUAUAUUACCCACAAAUGUUCAAACCUGCUAGAGGAGAAUGGAUAUAGUUAACAAUAAUGGAAUGUUAUGUAAAAUUGAAAAAAGGCAUAAUUUUAAAGGGAAAUUCAGCAGUCAAAGGCUAAGUCUUAGUGUCGGUACUGAGAUUAUGUUGUCAAAACAUAAUAGACUCAGCAAUGCCUACUUUCAAGAAAAAUAGGGCAGGUGAUGCGCUGAGCAUGGAAAUGUUUUCACUACAACUACUCAGCUGGACUGUGAAGAUCAUAUUAAUAUGUGUAAUUAUGACCCUUUUUGGAUAAAAUAGUGAUAAAGACCAUAGUACCAUGGUAAUAGGGUAUGUGAAGGAUAGAUGUUAUGCUAGUAACAAUUCCCUCAUCUGUUAAACCGUAUAGGAGACUUAAUAGAGAAUGAAAAACUACGAUUUUUAAUCUAGAGUUCUAGCAUCAGACAAAAGUGAUGGUCUCAAAUUAAUUUAGUCAGAACAUUUUGCAACAGUCUAUCCUAUUCAAAUCUGCUGACCAAUACAACCAACCAAUCACUUGAGGGUAGUUUGCCAACGUAACAUGAAGUGUUCACUUACAGUAUCUACUUAUUUUUUUCUACUAAGCUGAGUAUCUAGUUUAUGAUUCUGACUGUGCAUCAUAUGAGGUCAUAAACAGACUUGUGCAUUGCACCUGUGUGAAAUCCUAGUGCCAUGACAAAGCGAAUGAGAGCUUUGUCAUUAACAAGAAUUUUGACUACAAUCAGGGAGAAAAAGAUAAAUCCCUUUCUUUCUGGAAGUUGCUAAUAUGUGGUUUAUUUCUGACUCUUAAUAAAACAACAACACUGUCCAUAAAAGAAGUGAUGUUAGCGUUGUUACCUGCAAGUUUCCAUCCAAAGCAGUUGCAGUCUUUCUGCCUGGUUUCCCCACAGCUGAGGUCUCUGGACUGUCCAGGAGUUCAAUAAAGUCAUAUGUGUUUGUCCAUAACUUUAAGUCUACACAGUUAAAUCUAAUAAUUUCAAGAAAAUGGGUUGUAUUUCAGUCAGGCUCUUAUUUUGCCUUUAUAUUUAAUUAUGUAGCACUGAUUAUUAACAAUAUAACACACAUGAAAAGGCUUUUGUUUCACACUGGUGAAAAAAAACUUCUUCCUUUUCCUCCUUUAUUCUGGCACCAAGAAAUCGGUGCGGCUUAAUACUUAAAUCAAUUGGCAGCAUCUGGUGUGUGGCUUGUUUAUUAAACUCAGAACAGCUGCAUUACUAAGAGGAGUUGUCUUUUUCUUGAGAGGGAAUAGGGAAAGAGUUUGUCCAUUUAUCAUUAGCAAAAAAGAUGUACAGAAUGUCAACUAUUUAUCUUAGGUAUAGUGGAGGUCCAUCUGUCAGCAUUUGUGAAGAUGUUUUGAAGUCAAAUUUCCAGGGAAGACAAAUAAAAUUUAAUAGUGAGACCCAGCAGAUAUAUAUAAUUGUGGGGCACUAACAAUGAAAUCAGGUGAGGGACAGCUGGAGUUCCUCACAUCUGUCUAGCUCUUCUUUUCAACCUACUGCCUCUGAGUUUUCAGUGUAGUCUGAUUAUAACCAUCUACUCAUGGACAUAGCAAAGGCACAAAUACUGCUUCACAAGUCAGCAGUGCUUUGGUAGUCUGCUGCAAAAUUUCUCUCCCUCUUCUCAUUUUCCUGGUAUACUGUCUGUAUCUUUCAGAGUCUGAGGAAGACCUUACUACCUAAAACAGAUUUUUGUGUGUCAAUAGUUUUUAAAAAGUGUUAUUUAGGCACAGAAGUUGUUCACAUGUCUCAUGAAAAUUACUCAAUUUCACUAUGUAUCUAGAGAGUUUUCUUCUCCAGCCUGAAAAUGACACUCAGAGGAGGCUUUGGAAAAAGCUCAAACUCUAUUAACCCUCUAAAUUUCUUAGAGGUCUUCCAUGUUCCACUAAAUACCCCAAAUACCAUGUUACAGGUGGACAGUGCUCCUUCUCAUCCCUCCUCUCCUCACUCCUCACCUCAAAGUAUCAUCCUGGCCUUGAAAAUAUUUCAAAAUAAGUACUUCACCAUCUCAGCUAGUACAUUAAAAAAAAAAACCAAAAAAAACCCAUAUCUGUGUUUCCUGAUGAUAAAUAAUUCUGACUAAUACUUCCUGUGUGCCACAUGUCCUAUCUGUCUUUGAGUCACCCAUGCAGCUAUGAAAAUUUUCCUCUCCAUGCUGAACUGUCUUUUCUGUCAUUUUUAGCUCACUGGAUUUUCUAUCUCCCUUCACCAGAUUUCUGUGCCUUUGGUAGAAGCUAACGCUUCUAUUUUUCAGACAGGAAGCAGCAACAGGGAGAUUUGGUUCACUUUAUUUGGGAGGUUUCUAUUGGGCUUUAUCAAACCCCAACUUUAGCUUUUAUUCUCUAUUCUAAACAUGCUUGUCGGUGUGUAUGUUCUCGAUUAUCUGACAUAUAUCCUGCUGACUCUUUUUUCUAUCUAUAAUUAGUGCUUAUAGACUAUGUUUUGGGUUAUUCAUUCAGUUGUGGCAAAAUUCUACUUCUUAUAACUAUAGCCUGAAACUAUGGCCUGUUUUGGUGUCUGUUUUGUCUGGUAUGCUGAUAAGCCAGCAAGGCCAAUGCCAAAGAACUUCUGGAUUUUCUAUAGCAAGUUUAACUGAAUGGGCAACAACUUCUGGAAAAAAAUCAUAUUGCUUCUGUAAUUGAUUAUUUUGAGGUCUGGUGUUGGGUAUUUUUUAUUUCAUUUUAUUUUAUUUUAAUGUUGUGUGAUUCAUUUCAUUUACUUCACACAUUGGCUACAUGUAUUGUAAUAUAACUACAGAUAAAUUGUUUCAGUCUUUAGAUCACACAGAACGUUUUUAAGCAGCUGGUUGAUCUUAGGGGGGUUUUUAAGAGCUACAGAAUGAUGAUCAGUCUCAAAAGUUUGCCCAAAGAGUAGUCAGAGAACUUCAGACUUCAGCUUCAUGCUAUUAGUUGAGUUUGAGACUCCAGGAAUAUUCUGUAAAUUAUUUGUGGAUAUGUGUGUUUACCUGAGGGGGAAGAAAGGAGCAUCUGCAUCUCUUAAAUAUUCUGAUGCUUUUUUUCAAUUUCUGCCUAAUCUGAACACAAAUCUACAAAUGAGGAAUUCACAUUUAGAUGUUCAGGGAAGUCAAACUGAAUCAAUUGAUGGACGUUUAUAGACAGACUCCCCCAGGUUACUUUUUUUUUGCUGAUGAGCAACAUCAUUAAAUUUCCACUAGAAAUUUUGUUACAUUUAUCAAAUUCAAAGAAAGGGUGUUGUUUAAAUAGGUCAGAUUUCUUGAUUUGGGUAUCAAUUGACAUUUAUACGUGUUUGUUAAACUUUUAUGACUCCAGACAUACGAACAUUGCUUGAAAGCAUGCAAAUUUUUAGCUCUGGUUUUUAUGCUAUAUUUCUAGAUUAGUUUUUAACAUAGCUAAAUGUGAAUUUAUAGGAUGAUAUUUGAAUGCAAAUCAAGUUUAGAAUAAAAUUCGUUUUAGACAGAGACGGGGUUGGGUUGAAAAAUUAUUAUUAAACUUUAAACCUGCUUUUCUACUGAUCUGGUUCUAACAUUUCAGCUUAACUUGGCACAAUAAUUAUCCAAAACCAGUUUCUAGCUCAUACCUGAAACUAAAUGGUAAUUUCAAAAUUGAGGGUUUCCAAUCAAAAUUAAAGUUAGAGAAAAAUCCAAGUUCCCCCAUCUCCAAGCACUACUUACAAAGAUAGAAUAUUUAGCAUAUGGCAGUGUGUGUGUGUGAAUAUAUAUAUAGCAGUAUAUCAAGGCAGAGUUUGAACUUUUAAAGGGAAGAUUCUUUAUGGCUUUGUAACUUCAGAGAAAUAUUGUACCACAGAAAUAGACAGAAAUAGAAAAAUAUAUACAAUCGUUUUGAUACAUUUGUGAAAUAGGUUUCGCAGAACUUGAUAUUUUUUUGUGCAAAAUGCCUUAAAUCACUUUAUGUAGGGCUAAUGCAAUUGAAUUUAUUUCUGUAUAUAGCCUUUUAUAGUAAAUACUUCGGAUGCAACACUAGACUUUUCUUUCCACUGCAAUCAUAUACAGCCUUAUGAUUACUAACUAUAACAGAGAGACAAUGAAAGCUCUGCUUUAUUAGCUGUGAAUCCACUUGUAGACUGAGAGCUUGGAAGCAAGAAGUGGUGACAGUGCCAAGAGCACUGAGACCUUCCUGAUGGGCAAUGCCUACACUCUCUUAGUCCUUUUCAACUCCUUUUCCUGUCAUGCCAUCUGUCUUCAUGAAAAUGGGCUGUGACUUAGGACCUCAGAUCGUCCCACCAAGCACUUCAGGGAGCACACUGUCUUUGUAGAUCUCUACAUUCAGUCAGCAGAGAUGGGCACCUCCAUACCUGGGAAGGGGCUUACCUCCCUUCUCAGCACAGGCUGUCUGGGAUGACAAGGUUUGUCAUGUAGAAAUCUCACUUAAGUGCCUGGAAGUAGAUGCCAAUAGUGAGACAAGAGGUCCAAACUUCACCCAGACUCUCUCCUGUGCUUUUUUUUUUUUUUUUUUUUUUUUGUUGGCCCAAUGUUGCCUCUUCACACCAGGGCUGGAGUGAGGAGCCUGGAGAGGAAUUCCACCUGGAGAAGUCACAGUAGAAUGACUUUGUUUCUGGGCCACACCAGCCCUGGUGUAACCAGAGGUAAAACCAACAUGCAUUUGUUGUUCUGAAUGCUGCCUGAUGCUGCUGUGUUUGAGUUCUUACUUUUAAGACAUUGGAACCAGUCAAAUAUACUCGUUUCAAGCAGGAAAGGAGACUGCCUUCAAUGCACAUAUGCACAAGGGAUGGAGCUCAAACAGGUCUUUUCUGAAAUCCCAGAUGUCUUUAAAAGCAGUGCACAGGGCUAAAGCCAGCUCAGACAGUUUGCAAGGAUUAUGAUGCACAUGGCCAAAGGACAGAAAGCAAAUUAAUGCAGUGCCUCAAAGAGUGAGGAACUGUGAUAAAGAUACCCUUUGGGUUUAAUCAUUAAUGCACUUAGUUGUUCAUCAGACUCAGCCCUUACUGCAUCAGUGAAAGGAAAAUACAUGCCUAAGAGGUUGGUGAAGAGAAAGCAAGGUUAAUACCUACAGGUUAAUGCUGACAAACCACUAACACACCUCUGAAAAAAUAGCUGAGUGGUAUGACAGAAAUAGCUCAUUAAAAACUGAACAAUAAUUAAGCACAGCUUCAUCUGUAUCCCACUCCAUCUCUUGAGACUCCAUAACGAUGAAAUUCAUUCCCCACAAUACUUCUUGGGAGCUUGGUACUUGAAAUGUGGCAGAAACCAAAAGCCCUAGCUGUGAGUCACCCAUUUCAGUCCAGUAUUCUAGGCCUCCUGCUUUUCCACUUAGUUUUCCUUUUGCAUUUCUGAGAAUGGCAUAUGCACACGGUGCAUGUGAGGAUGCAUCUCUCUCCCUGCAUGCACAUACAAGCAUACAUGUAUCUCCACAAACGCAACCACAGACCAGUAUAUUUCAAGCACAUAUGCUGUAAGAAAAUAUUGGAAAGGCUCAAUUUACCACAAUAUUGACCUAAUGAGAAAAAUCCCAGACAGGAACUUGUGCUUUAAAUAUGUUUAUACCUUGUGUCUCUAAAAGUGCUAUUGAAAUUUUCUGAAAUAACUGGAAAAGAGUGAGCCUGCAGAACUUAAUUUGGCAACAUCUGCUGCUAUUAGUAAGGAACGCAUAAAACCCACAACCUUCCAGAUAAAAACAGCAACCUAGAUGAUAUUUUGGAGCUUUACUGAUACAAAUUCCUUGGUUUCUAUUUGCACACAAAAAAAAACUGCUGUAGAAGCUCACCAAGCUUUUUGGAACCCCUACUUCCUUCCUUUCAGGCUACAAUAAUUUUUAGAUGAUGACUUUUCUACAUUUAAGUAUGUUCAUUAAAAACAAGUUGGGUAAAAUACUGGUGAUCAAAACCAUCAUCAUACUUGCUGGGGUUUUUUAAAAAAGUGAAUUCAUAAUGCAUGGAAAGUGGCUCUUACUUUUAAUGAUAUCAUCUGGCCCCCCUUAACUGAAUUACAGUUUUAUAAUCACACUGCCACUGUCCAUCACUCAAGAAUGACAUGACACAAUACCCAAGGGAUUACCCCUGAAGCAAUUGGGUCUUUUUCAUUUCUUUCUUCUCCACACACUUUCCUCCAGGAAGUUUUGAUUAGUAGAAAUGCAUUCAGAUUUCCCUGUGGAUAAAAAGAAGGGAAGUGUUUGACAUUUUCCAGGCAAUCUCAGACGGUACUGCUCAGCCCAUUGCUUUUUCAUUUCCCCCUGAGCUUUUGCUAAGUCCAGUGCACAACAGCUAAUGUGGUUUUCACAAAACAAUGAUCAGUAAUGUAAAUACCAUUUCUUCCCUCAAGAUUUAUAAUGAAUUCUGUGUUUCUUAAGCUUGUUUCUCUCAUCUAUUUUCAUGUUAAAAAUGAUAUUUGGAAAUCACAGAACAGUUAAAACAUAAAGCAUUGUGUUUCUGUUCAUUAGUAAGAAAAGUUUGACUGCAGGGAUAUUUUGUUGGCAGGGUUGUAUUAACGGUCAUUUACAUGCAUAUAUAUGUAUAUAUGUAUGUAGAGCUGCACCUGCUUCUUUCAUAUACCUUAAAAUUACUACCAGAUAAUGAAUGUCCUCCUAUUAAACUCAUUUUUUGUAUUGCAUCUUCCUGAAAUAUAGACAUUAGAAGACCUUGCUGCUCAGCCAAGGCAAUUUUGCCUGGUGCAAUAUUAUGUUAGUAGACAAAGGCACUUGAAAAAGCCAUACAUUUUAUUUUCUAAAUCAAUACUUCUUUUGCUGCCUACUGAAAAAUCCUUUUUUAGUGCUUACAACACAUCUGAGAGCUAGAAUAGGAUUGUAAUAUUCAGUAACAGACUGAAAAAAUAACUAGCAUUCUUAAAGAUUCAUUUUAUUUGCCCUGCCUUUUGCCUGCAAAUGUUAUACACGUAAUGCUUUUCAGACAGAUUGUACCUUGUUAGUUGCCCUGCUUCAUAGUAUACAUAUAUUAAUGAAUAUGUAUUUCCAUUGGCGACAGUGUAAGGCAAGUUAUUUCUCUCAUAGUGUUAUUCUGCUGUUUAUACAUGUGCAUAUUUUAAAUUUGCAAUGGCUUGUUGGAAAGACUAAUUGAUUGUCACUGACUACUAGCCAGAGUUUUCUUUUGUUAAGACACCAUUACAUAAAAUUCUGAUCAUUACAUGAGAGUUCAUUUUUGAUUGUUAGAUCUAAAUUAUAUUCCUUUCAAAAUCACAGCAAACUCCUUAUCUGUGAAUCUCCACAAAAACAUUGCAUUAAAAAAUGUCAGAAAACACAGUUUUUCCAAUUGUCUUCUUUAUACAAAAUAAAUAGAUUUUCUGAGUUAAACAAGACCUUUAUAUGAAUCUUGCCGUAAUUGGCAAAGCAUUAGAAUAUAGAGCCCACAAUUCACUAACUCUCUGUGCAGAGAGAGCAAUAGCUCAUCUAAAAAAUACCAGAUUGCUCGUCAGGGAAGUCGUAUUGAUGCAAACACACAAAGUCACUUGCAGACCAUCUACUAUAGGUAUCCUGUUGCAGCAACCACUGUGGGAUGUAACAUUGAGAAAGCAAAGAGAGAGCCAAACUCUCUGCUUCCCAUUGCCAUGAGAUUCCAACUGUCUAUACAAUCAACAGACAGGAACAGGGAAAUGUGUAUUCAUUCUUUCCACUGGCUGUAGCUACAUGUACAGUAUGUUGCUCUGACUUCUCUCUAUUGACAGUAGAGUAUUCUUGCUCUGGCAUCGUGGCAUGACAAGCUCCAUGAACGAUUCUUUACCAUCUUCAGUUUAGAAACCCUUAAGUACAUGCACAAUGCCAUAGUAGGUGGUUUGCACUCAGCCCAUUAAUCCAAGUAUUAGAGAUAGGUGAUCAGAAGCAGUUAUUUUUGGUAGGGUAACUAAGUGUAUGGAUUAAGAUUUCCCAAAGUAACUCAUUUAAAUUCAAAGUUUAGAAGUGUUCUAGCAACCUGGACAAUGUAAUUUAUGCUGUGUGAGGACUAUGCAAUGGAGGAUCAGAAACACCUUCCCCAGCCUCUCUGGUCCUCCUCCCAGUGAAGCUAGUGAGAGUUUGCCAUUGGCUCCAGUACCAGGAAUAGCACAUCUAACAAGUUUGAUACUAACCAUUUAAAUCUGUGUUUAUAUCCUCGCUGUCUAUCUCUCAACACUGGUGACAAAUACUAGUUCAUAAUUACAACAGAAGUAAAGUGUGGGACUAUCUUUUACACUGUUACUUAAUAUUCAGUACUGUAUGUAUAUAUCUACUUGACACCUCAGUGAAGACUUUGACAUGCCUUAUUCAUUCUAGUUAUUUUUAUGGUAUUGUUUUUGUUAGAUUGCUUUCCCAUAUAAAGAAUAAAACUGUAACUGUUCUGACUUAAAAUUGUCCAAUUCAUUUUUAUCCAAGUUUUGUUAAAUCUAAAUCAUGUUCAUCAGUUCUUCUCAUUCCCAUCACCCUUUACUCACACUAGGAAGGCAAUGUAUAUUGGUGGUUUAAAAACAGGUAUUUGAUAUUCUCUGAUGGACUACAAUAAAUAUCUGAAGUAAGUA